GUAAGUUUCUGAACUGCUGUUCAACAUUAUUAUUGAAAUUGUUGGGAAAUUUUAGGCAUCAAUGUUCCUUGCUUCAAUAUGUUCUUCUUUGUUCCUUCUCCAGGGACUCCCAAAUGCCGGAAAAUCAACUCUUUUGGGAGCACUAACUCUGGCAAAACCAGACAUUGCCGACUACCCUUUUACAACCUUGAUGCCAAACCUUGGACGUCUUGAUGGUGAUCCUACUUUAGGGGCACUGAAGUUUUCCUCUCAAGCAACAUUAGCAGAUUUGCCUGGUUUAAUUGAAGGUGCUCAUUUAGGAAAGGGUCUUGGUCGUAAUUUCUUGAGACAUUUAAGGAGAACUCAGCUGUUAGUUCAUGUUGUCGAUGCUGCUGCAGAGGACCCUUUAAAUGAUUAUAAGACUGUCAAGGAG